AUGGCUUCUUCUACUCUCUUUAUCACUCUCUUAAUCUCCUUGUCUUUUUUCUUUCUCCAACUGGUUCUUGCUCAAGUCCCAGGAACCACAGCUACAUGUGCCUCUAGGCUUCUUUCCUUGGCUCCAUGUGGUCCAUUCGUGCAAGGCUUUGUCCAGCUUCCGGCUCAGACAUGCUGCGACGGCUUAAACCAAAUCUAUAGCCAAGAACCAACCUGUCUUUGUCUUUUCCUCAACAAUACUUCUACUUUGUCCCCUGCUUUUCCAAUCAAUCAAACUCUUGCUCUACAAUUGCCUCCCCUUUGCAACAUUCCAGCUAAUUCAUCCUCUUGCUCCUCCUCCCCUGGAGGAGAGGCACCUAGUGUUUCUUCCUCAGUUGCUCCACCACCUUCUAGCUCAACCGGUUCUCAAGUCUCUCGAGGUGCAAAGAACAAAUCUCGCGUUGCGGCAACUCCAGUGGCUCAAAUGUCACCAAGACCCACCAGCUUUAUGGGAUUAGGUUAUGGUCCAAAGUCCUCCAGCUCCAAGUCAGAGAUUCAGCUAAUCAUCCUCGCACUUGCAGCGAUCUUACCCAUCACUCUUCUCAUAAUCUGA